AUGGGGCAGCAGAAUUCCACGAACCAUUCACGAGAUAUCGAAAUGGUACUUGAACGUUUGGAGCGACAACGAAUACAACGUGAAAUUGCACUCUACGAAGCUCAGCAACAACGAAGAAGAGCUUAUGAGUUGGCCUACGAACGUGAGAAACUGCAAUGGACCGGAGCCACAGGAGCCAUCCUCACCGGAUUAUUGAUAGCAAAUGCGUAUAAAUCAAAGAAGACGUCGUUCAUUAUCCCCAUCCCGCCAAUCCUCGCUUAUUUGGCAUACAAAGCAAAUCAAUGCUAUGGGACGAGUCACGCGACUGUUGCAACAAUGGCAACCGUCAUUUGGCAGAGCAAAAAGGAUUCGUUGACGCCUUUCCUAAUAUCACCAGAAGCCGUCACCGAACGAACCCAUCAACUGGCUGCCAUUCGAAAAGAGACAGACUUU